AUGCGUCUUUGUUCGCCUCUUAUAGCGUUCUUUCUCUGCAUCGACCACAUUGCAUGGUUGGACGCCGUCAGUGUCGGCAAUUGGUCAUCCUUAUUUCACAACCGUCCGUCAAAGAACUGGAUUGUUCUGGCCGCUGGUUCCAACACCUGGCGAAAUUAUCGACAUCAGGAUGUCACACGGGAUAACUUCGUGAAUGUAUUAAAAGGCGAUGAGAAACUUGAAGCCAACAAGAAGAAGGUGCUGAAAAGCGGUCGUGAUGACAAUGUGUUUAUCUUCUACUCUGGCCAUGGUGGGAAUUCCCAUAUUGGUUUUCUAGAAGAAAAUUUGUAUGCCAUGGAGUUGAACGAUACCCUCGCCUACAUGCAUUCAAAAAAAAAGUUCAACAAAUUGGUGCUAUACGUGGAGGCUUGCUACUCUGGCUCUAUGUUUAAAGAUGUUCUUCCUACAAAUAUGGGAAUCUACGCGACAACUUCAGCCAAGGAAGAUGAAAAAUCCGGUGCUAUGUUUUGUAUGGACCCGAAAAUCGAUGUGUGUCUAGCAAACGAAUACUCGUUUAUAUGGCUUGUAGAUUCGGAACAGAACGACAUAAAAAAGCGUACACUGGAGGAGCAAUACGAGGCGGUGAAAAGGAAGACGGUCUUAAGUAACGUGAUGAAAUACGGUGAAAUGGCGAUGGGAAGUCUUCCAGUUGGAAAAUUCCAUGGUCAUUUUGAUCUGCUGAUGCACCGGAAUGAUGGGGUGAUAGCACCAAAUGCUGUAGAUCGAAAGGGGCCUGGCCAGGCGCAUUUGAUAUUACAUUUUCGACGAUUGAUGGAGACAGCGACCGAGGAGGAACAUGAAGCCGCCUGGCGAAGGCUGCACCGUGAACUUCAGCGGCCGUUUCUUGAAGCUACACAAAAAUUAAACGUGGUUCCUUUAGAUUUGCGAAUCACAUGCCGCCACAACUAUUCUUCUGACUUCUUUCAGGUUAGCCACAUUGUCAAGAAAACGUUUCGCGAUAUCGUCGUGGAUGUGACAACCCACCAUAAGCCAACGGUAAUGGGUUUGUCCAAGAGGGAGGAGCGCAUGUGUUUCCAGGAAGUAUUUGAUCAAUUCCGGACGCACUGCUUCACAAAUCUGCAGGCAAGAUCCAGUUCGACAAUGAGGCGAUUGGCUCCAAUCAUGAUCUUGGAGGCCAGAUAUUCAGCUUCCGGCCUUGGCAGCCAACCGGCCAAGUGGUUCUCCUUCCCGGGCAAGUGCUGGAUUGCAACCGGAGUGCCCAGCAUGCGAGGUUCCCGCAAUGACCUCUGUGGUCCUGAAUCCACUCUAGGGGCUGCCAGCUGUUCGGAGAGUUGGUUCUCUCUGGUCGGCAGUUCCUCCAUUGAUGAACCGUCCCGGUUCUCCUGCAACUGCAACGUCGACAGUGGUGCCUCGAUCAGCUCCCGGGACCAGACGCACCAGCUCCUCCAACCGCAACUGGAAAACAAGCGCGGACUGCACAUCUUCGACGAACUGAUCCGACAGCAACUGGUGUCGCGACACUCCGUCCAGCGCCGGCAAAGCGCGAUCCAACAAUUGCUGCAGGCCGGCAAAGAACACGGUCGGGUCAGAUCCGGGUGGCAUCCUGGCCGUCUUGAACCGCCUCAUAGCCUCCUGGCGGCUUGUGGAACUCCGAUGCCAAAACUACUUUUGCGGCUGCCCAGUUCACCUUCUGAGGGCCUAAUCUGGCCGCAUCCAGGGACGCCUCCGCCCAGCCCUUGCGGAGGCUCUUCAGGGCUGCCAGCGAACCCUGGUCGGUCUCCAGCCCGGCAGCCUCGGGAACCACCUCAAAGUCCUCCAGCAAGGUCCAAACAUCCCAAUCUUGAAAGAAUUGCGGCCACGGGAUCAACAUCCUUAUCCCGGCAUAUGAAGCUUCAAGUAAGCCUGACUAUGAUUUGCCGUUGUUCGCUUCUUAUUGGGUUCUUGUUCUGCAUCGACCACGUUGCAUGGUUGGAAGCCGUCGGCAUCCACAUUUGGUCAUCUAUAUUCAGCAAUAAUCCGUCAAAGAACUGGGUUGUCCUUGCGGCUGGUACAAACACAUUGGAAAAUUAUCGACAUCAAGCGGACGUUUACCACGCUUAUCAAGUCGUGCGGAAACACAAAGUUCCACCGGAGAAUAUAAUUAACUUCGCCUACGACGAUGUUGCAAACAAUCCCAAAAAUCCGUUUAAAGGCAAAGUGUUCCAUGACUACGAACACAGAGAUGUCUACAAUGGUGUGGUGAUUGACUACCGUGGAAAAGAUGUCACUCGGGAUAACCUCGUGAACGUACUAAAAGGCGAUAAGAAACUUGAAGCCAAUAAGAAGAAGGUGUUGAAAACCGGUCCUGAUGACAACGUGUUCAUCUUCUACUCUGGCCAUGGUGCGACUUUCCAUAUUGCUUUCCAAGAAGAAUACGUAAGUUUGGUUAAUUUUGACGGUCGGCUCGCGUGUCGAACUCCACUGGAAGGACCCCGUUUGCGGUGGCUUAGUCCAUCUUCAAGAACCUCGUCUGGCCGCAUCCAGGGCCGCCUUCGCCCAGCCCAUGGGGAGGAUCUUCAGCGUCGCGAACUGAAUCCGGUCUGUCUUCAGUCCGGCGGCAUUCACGGCCAAAUCAAAGUACUCCAGCCAGGAGUAAGAGCAAUUGAGGCUCUUGCUGGGACCAGCGGGUACCGGAAUACUCCACCCGGCCAAGCCUACCUGUAUUAUGCUGGGUGGCGUGUGCGUGCCGGCGGUGUAGACUCAGGCGAAUCGUCGUCGGAAAAAGGCGGGAAUAAUCAGCGCAGGCAAAUUAUCGUGAACUCGAUGGGGGCUACCAGGUCAGCUUUCGAUUUGCAGCAAUUGGAACAUUCCUCACACGUGAACUCAACGAGUCCCUACUGGUUGGAACUGGUGCGGAAGCGCCAGAUGAUUCGUAGUAUACAUUGUCGAAAGUAA